AUGCAGGACAAGGACAGAUUGAAUUGUAUUGAUCGUGUGCGAACACAGUUCUUAGUUGCGAGGGAGGAGAUAGCGAUGAUGGUGCAUGUGGUUCGACGUCGUGGUCUUAUUCAUAUCAUAGAUACCAGUUUAGAAUUGGCUUUUGCAGAGGACGUAGAGUCUGUUGCGCAAUCAUCUAAGACACGCGAGUCCUGUGUAUUCGUUCUCAAAUUCUCAAAUGUUACGUAUGUCUCUGGAGCAUAG